AUGAGAGACGGAAUAGUGAUUACAAUCUUCGGAAAGAAAGCUCCCGAAAGAGAAAGAGCGAUGCUGACUCUGGAAGACGCCGCUUUUCUACCUUUGCAAGUCGAAGUCACCUCCCGCCCCCUUCUCAUAGAGAUAAACGAGGGUUCCAGAGGGCUCUCGAUUAGCUGCCCAAUCAACCUUGGGCUUGGCGUCUCACCCUCAGUCCACAACACAUCACUUCUUUCACAACUCAUACCCCCUACAAGGCUACAGAAUGCAACGUUGAGUAUUUUUGCCACGCAAAAAGCUCGGGCGGUCUCAAACAUUCAACCUUCCGCGACAUAUUGGGCGGCCACCACCUGGCAUUGUUCCUACAAGAUACUCACGUCCGUAAAUGGCACUCUACAAGUCAGACUCCGCAGCCUUCUCAAAUUGCACGGUGACCUCCUAGAGCGAGAUGGAGACACCAGCGUGCCCUUAUUCUUCAUAAUAACCCACUCCCACUCUAUCGCCCCGAGAUGCGCCCACGUAAUCACCUCCCUAACCCAUGGUAGUGACAUCCACCUUCGGAUCUAGAUGUUUCUGUCCCUAGAUCCGAAUCACUCAAAUAAUAGA